AUGGAUGAAGAAUCCAGUCAGAUUUGGAUGUAUUCACUUUAAAAUGAGUUUCGAUUAUACUAAUUUACUAUUGUUUAGUCCACAUUCUAUUACAAUACUUUAGUGUGCUUACCUACUGGAUUAGGCAAGACAUUUAUAGCUUCUAUGGCAAUUAUUAAUUUUAGUAGAUGGUUUCCUAAAGGUAAAAUCUUCUUUUUGGCACCAACACGACCUUUAGUAGCAUAAUAACAUGAGGCAAUGAAAAAAUUUGGAAUUGAUGGCAAAUUAUCAAAAAAUGAUAGAACUUAUCAAUCUUAAAUCUAUUUCUCAACACCUUAAACUUUAGAAAAUGAUUUGAAUGAUGAUUUAAUUCAAAAUAUAGUUUUAGUUGUUUUAGAUGAGGCUCAUAAAGGAGUAGGAGAAUAUGCUUAUACAAAUAUAGUAAAAAGACUCCUUUAUAAUACAAGAAUUAUAGCAUUAAGUGCAACACCUGGUAAUAACAUAGAAUAAAUUCAAUAAGUAGUAGCAAAUCUUAGAAUUGCUAAGAUAGAAGUAUAUAUAAUGAAUAUAUUAUGUUAUUAGUUAAGAGAUGAGUAUGAUCCAGAAGUCAUUCCUUAUUUAAAAUUUAAAUCUAUUGAAAAAAUUGUUGUCUCAUUUGAUAAUUGUUAAAUCUUAGAUGAUCUAAAUAAAUAGAUGUAGCCAUUACUUAAUAUCAUAUUAAGUUUUGGAAUUCUACCUGUAGAGUUAAUUAGAGUUUGUUCUAGAGCAGACAUAUUUAGUUAUGGUGCUUGUUUUAAACUUCGUGAAUUUUUGACAAAUUCACAUAUAUAAUUUUAAAUUGGAUAAUAAAAUUCAAAUAAAGUAUUUGAACAUUUAUCUCAUCUACAUAAAUUAUCUUAUGCCAAAAAGAUAUUAUUAGAAUAAGGAAUCUAACCAUAUGUAAAAUAUAUGGAAUUAGAUGAUAUUGAAGAAGUCCAUCCUAAAAUUUAUAAAUUAAAAGAAAUAUUUAAGAAUCAUUUUGCAUAAAAUCAAUCUAAAGUUAUUGUCUUUACAAAUAGUAGAGAUAAUGCUUAAUUAUUAUGUAAUCAUAUCAAUUAAGUUGAAAAUGUCAAAGCAUCCAUCUUUGUAGGUUAGGCAAGUUCUAAAAAUCAAGCAGGAAUGAAAUAAAAGGAAUAAUUACAAGUUAUAGAUGUAUAUUCUCAAUACUAAGUAGAAAUUUAAAAAUGAGUUAAAUGUUUUAGUAGCUACAUGUAUUGCUGAAGAAGGACUAGAUAUAGGAGAAGUUGAUUUGAUUAUAUGUUAUGAUAGUGGAUUUAGUCCAAUUAGAAUGAUAUAGAGAAUGGGUAGAACUGGAAGAAAAAGAGAUGGAAAAAUUAUUGUAUUAUUAACUGAAGGUAAGGAGGCAGCUGAUUAUGAAAAGUCAGUCAAUAAAUACUCUAAAUUAAUUAAAGAGCUUAAAGAUUAUAAUAUUAAUUUAUAUUCAAGUAAUCCAAGAAUCUUAUAAUCUUAACCAUAAAUUUAAUUUAUUGAUGGAGAUAUUAAUUAAAUAGAUAUUAAAAUUAAAUAAUAAGAUCCUAUUAAAACUAAAAACAAAGAUCUUAAAAAAUAAAAAAGAAGUAUUAAAAAAACAGAAUAGUAAGAGACUAAAUAAAUUAAAUUAGAAAAAUUCUUUACUAAAACUUUAAAGGAUAUUUCAGAAGAAACAGAAGAAAAAUAACAUACUUAAUAAUAAUUUUAACCUUUAUUAUUAGCAUCAAAUUCAUUGACUAAACCAAAAAAAGUAUAAGGUAAAAAGAUUCAAUUAGGAAAUAUUGAUAAAUUCAUUAAACCAAAGGAAUAAGGAGAAAAUAUUUAAAAUAAAAAGUUACAAAUAAAAUUAUAAUCAAAGCCACCUGUUGUUGAAGAUAAGUUUGUAAUUUAAAUCAAUCAAAAACCUUAGUUAUAAGAAUAAGAUUUAACAGUUUCAAGUUUAGAAUAGUUUAAUGAACUCCUAAAGAUGCAACAGAAUUAAAAUUUUGAUUAAGAUUCUAAUACUAUGUUUCAAUUUUUAGAUAAAUUAGAUUUUGAAAAGAUUAAUUUGAAUAGCUAAGAAAUUCAUGAAUCUGAUUUGGAUCUAUCUAAAAUAGCUGAAGAAUAUAUAUCUGAUUGA